AUGAGUGAAAAUCAAGAACAGAUUAUUCAACCUCAAGAUUUGGAUCACAAUGAAGAAGUUUAAAGUUAAAACUUGGAAUAAAAUGCAUAAAUAAACCCAUUGAAUCAUCAAGAAUAAUCAGACUCUAAACCCAUGCAAUAAUAGUAAGAAGAGGAAAAGAAAGGAGAAAAUUUUUAACAAGAAAUGGAGGAAUAUUUCGAAAAUGAUGAUGGAAUUAUAUUCGAUCGAUAAUCCUCGAAGGAGGAGUAAUCUUCUUAAGAGCAGAAGUAAAAGUGGUAGAUAGUAGGAGAUUAUUAAGUUAUUUUAAAUGAAUGGCUGCAUGUAUCAGUAAAUAAAGGAGAUAUUACAAGUGAAAAAGUAGAUGCCAUCACAAAUGCUGCCAAUGAAUAUCUAUCACUUGGAGGAGGGGUUGCAGGAGCUAUAGACAGAAAAGGAGGGCCGAAUAUCUAAAAGGAAUGUAAUAAGUGGGUAAAGGAAAAAGGAAGAGCCCCAACUGGAUCAGGUAGAGCUGUAACAAGCUCUGGCAAUAUGAAGAAUUGCAAGUAUGUCAUCCACGCUGUUGGUCCUAUUUGGCACAAUGGUAAGAGAGGUGAAGAAUAAUUAUUGUAUGAUUGUGUGAGGGACACACUUAAAACAGCAGAUGAGAUUAAAUGUUAAUCAGUAUCCUUACCAGCAAUAUCUUCUGGAAUAUUUGGAUUUCCAAGAGAUCUCUGUGCCUCUACUUUCUUUAGGGCAGCUGAGGAUUUCAGCUAGAGUUAUCCAUCAUCCAAUGCUACAUUAAAGCACGUUAGAUUUACUAAUUUCGAUGACUUGACAGUAAAUUACUUCACUGAGGAGUUUGAGAGAAGAUACUCUAUUGAGAAUUCUGCAAGUUCAUCAAGCUAAUCAGUGCAACAAUAAUUAUCUUAGUAAGAAGUUUCAGAUGAAGCUGUAAGCUAAGAUAAGGAUUAGGACAAGUAAAAUCAUAUAGCUUCUUCUAAAGAUAUAGAUAGGGAGGAAGAGGCAAAUGCCUAGUUUUCUGAGACUUUACCUGAAACUUAAACAUAAGUUGAAUGA